AUGACCUCUUUAAACGAAUAUACCGAUGAACAGCUGAACUAUUACAGAAUUUGUUGUGUAACCACCGAUAUACUAGCUGAGGGUCUGAGAGUAAUAUUUAAACAAGAAUGGGACAAACUGUACAAAACAACAACUGGAGAAUGGAAAGACGAGCCUCGUAAUGGAAUGGAUUUUUAUAACAGAGAGUCUCCUCGAAAUCAAAAAAGAAACGCUCAUCUUUUGGCCACUAUGAAAAACGGAAACAGUGGGAAAUGGGAUUGUACAAUGCUAUUUUACGCCAUCCUUUUCUCUGAUUGCGUCGGGCCAAGUCUUAGCGCAAUAGUCAGAAAAAAGGUAGAUGAUCUACGAAAUUUCAGGAAUGAAGAAUUCGCUCACAUGCCACAAGGUAGUCUCUCUGAGACAGAUUUUCACAAUGCUAUUAGCAAAGUUGAUGUUGCGUUUCAAGCGCUUAGUCUUCCCACUGUAAAAAUUCAAGACUUAAAAUAUCAGAAAGCGUUUCCAACAAAAGAUUUAACAAAGGUCCUCAAAGAAGUUCAAGAAAAGGAGAGUCAGCGCCAGGUCCUUGAAGAUCAGCUCCAAAAUGAAGCACCCUUAUUCUGUGUUCUCCCUCCUAAACCUUCGCAUGAAAUCGGUGGUCGUGAAAGUGAAGUAGCCCAAAUAGUCCAAAAGCUGAGGGAACUAAAUGAGUCCAGUGACAACAGGUUGAGUUAUCUAUACAUCUCAGGGAAUCCUGGAAGCGGAAAGUCACAGCUAGCUGGCCUUGUAGCUGAGAGAUUCUUUGACGACCUCAAAGAAAUGCCAGGUGGGUCAUCAUUUGUAAUGACCUUAAAUGCUGCAAGUCCAGAUUCACUUCUGGAGUCGUAUGCCUCAUUUGCUCGCCAUUUAAAGUGCCCAGACUAUUCAAUUGUGGAAACCCUCAGCUCAAAGGACUCGACUGUGGACGAAAGGAUCACUAGUCUUAAGAUGCUUGUCGCUGUAAAAAUUACCUGUUACAAGUCGUGGCUACUGGUGGUUGACAAUGUCACUACCAUUUCAUCUGUGCAUGUCCAUCUACCACAGUUUGAAAACGAGGCUUGGGGAAGGGGCCAGUUGCUAAUUACGACCCAGGACACAACAUCAAUUCCCUCAGAAAGCUCUUUUGUUAAUCACAUCUCGGUAAGCAAAGGUAUGGAGCCCAAUGACGCCUGUUCAUUAUUGUCCAAGCUUUCUGGUAUCCUAGAUAGCGAGCUGGUAGGAACAGUAGCACAAAGACUAGACUAUCAACCUCUUGCUUUAGCAGGCGCUGCCGUCUUUGUUAAAGAGAUUCGGCGGAACAAAGUAUCGACGGAUUUUGGGUGGGGGGAAUACCUAAAGAUCUUAGAAAAAGGCAAAAGACAGAACACAGAAAAUACACUUGUCGACACCAAUCCAGUUUAUCCAAAUUCAAUGACCAAAGCAAUAACGUUAGCCGUCGAAACACUGAUGAGAUCCGACAAAUUUCAAAAACACCUUUUCACUUUUCUUGCCCUCUGCGCUCCACGACCAUUGAACGUUGACAUAGUAGUUAGUUACAUCAUGAACGCACAUGAAGAGUUUGAUGAAGCGGACAAGGAACUAAUUCGCAUGAGAUUAAAGAGAAGCUCACUUCUGCUGUUCCAAGAUGAAGAGGGUUGCUGUUUUAUUCGACUUCACCAGGUUGUGCAUGAUGCUCUAAAAACUGUAACAAAAGAGUGUCCAGAAAGCCAAAGCGAUGAGGUCGUUAGUGGGGUCAUUUCAUCAUUCAACGCAAUUAUCGACGCAACUCCACCAGAGAAUAUGAGACUGAACACCAGACUCAUAGCUCCACAUUUGAAAGCUCUAACUAUGGUAACUGACAAACUGUUUUUGCGAGAUAAUUUCUUUCAAGUUCAUGAUAAGGACAUUUCCAAAAAAUGCGAAAACCUUGGAAAUAUUUGUAAAAUGCAUUGUGAAUUUGGAGGAGCCAAAACAUAUUUUGAAUAUUCCCUCGCUUUUAAGCUUCAAGAGCACGGCCCGGAACAUGUUAAUGUUGCAAGAAGCUAUAAUAACUUAGCUUUAAUUUACAAGAAAUUAGGUGACUUCGAACAAGCCAAGGAGUAUCAGCAACGGGCUCUAGACAUCCAACUGGACAAGCUCGGCCCGGAACAUGUUGAUGUUGCAGGAAGCUUUAAUAACUUAGCUUUAAUUUACCAGAAAUUAGGUGACUUCGAGCGAGCCGGGGAGUAUCAGCAACGUGCUCUAGACAUCCAACUGGACAAGAUCGGCCCGGAACAUGUUGAUGUUGCAGGAAGCUUUAAUAACUUAGCUUUAAUUUACCAUAAAUUAGGUAACUUUGAACAAGCCAGGGAGUAUCAGCAACGUGCUCUAGACAUCCAACUGGACAAGCUUGGCCCGGAACAUGUUGAUGUUGCAAGAAGCUAUAAUAACUUAGCUUUAAUUUACCAGAAAUUAAGUGACUUUGAGCAAGCCAAGGAGUAUCAGCAACGUGCUCUAGACAUCCACCUGGAGAAGCUCGGCCCGGAACAUGUUGAUGUUGCAGGAAGCUAUGGUAACUUAGCUUCAGUUUACAAGAAACUAGGUGACUUCGAGCAAGCCAAGGAGUAUCAGCAACGUGCUCUAGACAUCGAACUGGACAAACUCGGCCCGGAACAUGUUGAUGUUGCAGGAAGCUAUGGUAACUUAGCUUUAAUUUACCAGAAAUUAGGUGACUUUGAGCAAGCCAAGGAGUAUCAGCAACGUGCUCUAGACAUGCAACUGGACAAGCUCGGCCCGGUACAUGUUAAAGUUGCAAGAAGCUAUAAUAACCUAGCUUUAAUGUACAAGGAUUUAGGUGACUUCGAGCAAACCAAGGAGUAUAAGCAACGUGCUCUGGCUAUCAGAGCAGACAAGCACGGCCUCAACAAAACACCAAAUAAGGUAAGGACUGCUAACAGACGCAAAAAAACUCUAUUAUGGAAAUUAUAUUUCUUCUUGAAAGAUUUUACGCAGUCUUGAAGGGUUAUUGCUUUGGCCCUGUGUCUUUGAAAUUUGUUAAAAUCUAAAAAGACUUAACUUUUGAGGCUUUUUUUCACAGCAGCAUAAGUUGUGUCUUAAACUGCAAGGAUCUUCGAUGUAUUCUUUCUUCCGCAGUUCCAAUCUAUGAAAUUCAUAUGUUCUUUAUUAAUAAUUUUAAUUUGAUAAACUCCAUAACGUUUUACAUAUAUUAAUCAUGGAAUCGAUAUUUGGGACGUUGGUAAGAAAUCUCUUAAUUCAGGUUUGACUGUAACAGUUUCUGUUUACACUCUAGUUCUGCUUUCCGUAUCUUUAAGUUUCUUCUAAUGAAAAAACCUGUUAGUCCUUGCAGAUUACUCCUGAAACUGAAAGGCAUUUAUCACAAUCCAAGAAACAAGAUGAUGAUGAUGAGAAUAACAAUAAGGGCAGUAGUAAGGAAGGUAAAGCAAGAAUCAUUGUUUACUAAAAACGUCUCCUCAUGCUUACUUGAAAUCAAGGGCGCGUUUCUUUUGAAAAAAAUCUGAUAAGGGUUAAACGUUGCGCAAUCUCACAGUCUUUGGACUUGACGCGACAAAGGAACGUGAGGAAAAAAACCCGGAGAUGGAUUCUUCAUCGUAGCAAAAAUGUUGUUUUAGGGGGGUAGCCAGGAUUUUUAAGAGGUACGCAUAAUUCUCCAAAUGUCCCUUCCUCCCCCACUAAUGUCCCUAAAUUUGAGGUUUCUGUAAGCUUGAGCGUUUUUACUGUAUAUGAAAUGAAGUAACGAAGUAAUUUGUAAAAUUCUUUGUCACCUCUUUGGGUUCAUUGACUGAAGCAUGUCAAUCGCUCUUCUAAAAAAAAAGACAGAUACGAGACUCAUAAUCUGCGAUGCAUUUUUCGCCCGGGGUGGGGGGGUUGUCCCUUAUAUAGGCUAUAUGGGUAUGUGCGGCGCCAAAGGGUAUGGUUUUUCAGCCGUUUUGGUUUGAAAUAGGGUAUCAAUUUCGACCAUUUUGGUCUGAAACAGGGUAUGGUUUGUGCACUCUAGCCUUCAAUUGGGUAUGUUUUUUAGAAGAAUUAGCUACUUCUUCAUCAUCUGGCGAUAAGACCAUUUCCCUUUUAAUGUUUACGCCAACUACCGUGUACGUGCCGUAACAGCUUGUUACGCGCCGGGCCCCAGGGCUUCUGGUCUGAAAUAGGGUAGGGAAAAUCACAGAUUUUGGUCUGAAAUAGGGUAAGGGUUUCAGGAAGCGUGCCGAACAUCCCCACCCAAUUUUUCUGGAAGUACCCCCUGACGUUUUUGUCGUUUUUGGGUCAUAAAUUGGGGGUCAUUGUGCCAGGCGUUCCUUGCGGACACUGUGGAAACUGGGACUAAGAAUCGAAGCCACGCAUGUUUGGCGAAGAAAGCUUAGGAAAGAUUAAAUUUAGAGCUUUUCCGAAACGUGUCGGUCCACAUUUCACAAUUCUAUCGCUUGAAAGCGUUAAUUACUUUGGAGCAAGUGAACACUACUGAGUGGUCGGAAAAAAAAAUAAGAAUCUUAAUUAGGAAAAUUGCGAUGGUCGGAUGUUGCAUGUAAACUUUCACUGUAUGCAAAUGAGUCUUGUGAUGAGCAUGCGAUUUAUUUACGGCAAUGAUUGAAAUGACGUGCCAUAUGAAUCACUCUUUCGAUAUCUGGAAAUGAUGUAAUUUCUCUGGAAUCGAGGUCCUUGAAUUUUCGUGUAUUUAUACACGCGUAUAGCCUGCUACUGCUAGGUAUUAUUGGUCGUCACUAACACGCCUACUAAAUCAAUUCAGAAACAAAUAAAAACUACCGACGUCGAUAAAGUAGGAAGUAAAAAACCUUUAGCGAGGAAAUCAUGUUUCUUGCAUAAUUAAUCGCCUCCUCAUUUCUCGAUCUAAUCUCCAAGCAGGCGAGACCUGCAUGACGCUGUAAGCGCAUUCUUGUUCUAAAUGUUAUGAGCCAAAAUGUUCAUUGAGCGUGCCCUGGUGACGUCACAACCAGAUCUGGGAUCAGUUUGUUCAUAUUUUGAUACAUAUAAGUUCAACUUAUUUUCUUUCUUUUUCUUGUAUGUUUCUUUAUUCUUCUCUUUCUAUUAUCUUUUUAGUUUAGCCUGCGUACGUCUUAGAGAUUAGAGUGGAAGUGCUGUAUUGUCGUUUGGAGGCUUCCUCCGCCGCCAAAAAAGUACCCCGGACAAAUGAAUCCCACCAGCUACGCAGGUUAUUUUCAGUUUAGGGUUAAAAUGUGGAUAAGGCAAAUUCCCACGUCACUUGCCCCUUCUCUUCCUAGAUCACUGGUUUCGCCCUCAGACGGUGCUAAGCGCGUUAUAAGAUACUAGGGCAAUAAAAGCUGGCUAGUAUUGGCUUCUAUAUGAUACCUUUUUUUUCUUUUCGUUAAGCUGCCAAGAAGAGAGAGGAGAAGUCAGGAAGUGGCUGUCGACUUUGUAGAUGUCAAUAAUAAAUAUUCAGCUUUCAUUUUUGUAAUUAGGUAAAUUAGUAUUUUGGUAGCCUUUUACUGUACGAUAAAUUUUACUGUGGAAAAUUGGUCGGGUUAACCGUGAUAUAGACUGUAGUUUGUAAAGUACCAAGAAUUUAUUUGCACUGUGAGAAGGAAAUUAUGUGAUCCCGAGAAGAUGAGAGGCCCAGGUUGAACCAAAUCUAAAGUAGACUAGCACACGAAGGGUUCAUUUCCAGUGUCGCGUAAUUUUUUUACGUGCGUUCGUGCGUAAGAUUUAAGUUCGUAAACAAAAUAGAGGCCAUGCAUGAAAGGUCGCUCGUAAGUGUCAAAGUUGAACCUCGCUCAACUUCUCGUUUAAGUUCAGCACUUUUUAUCUUGCCUCUACUUUAUUUACGUGAUUAAACUUUACCUGCGUUAACGUACGUAGCCAAAAACGCGUCAGUGGAAAUCAACCUUAAGGGUUUAAAGUUCGUCGAAGAGUAAAACAUAUCAUUCAAGAAAAUUGUUUAAAAGAAGUCAAGAAUUGUGACUACAUUUCGUAUAAUGAUUUAGCACGUUUAGAUCAACGAGCCGGCAAAAGAUAGCCGGAGUGAAACGUUCCUAGCGGCGAAGAGCGAAAAGAGACGGCUGUAAUCGUAUAGGCUAGCAAAAUGUUCAAGUAUGAAAUAACUGGAGUAUGGAGUUUUGCUUGUGGAAACUUGAUUUUUUACCACUGAGUUUCAUUUGUGCCGUCUGCAAGAAUACUUAUAGAGAUCUUUAGAUUUUAAGACGGGAACGACUACGAUGACGAGAUUUGCUUCACACCAACUCAAGUAGUGCACGCGUAAACUAAGGUGGGUUUGGCGGGAAAAUGCGAUAGCCGUCGUCAUUUACGGGUUUCGUAGUGACGGGAACUUGUAAGUUAUCAAAUGUUAGAAGUGAUCAGGAGAGGGCUUAACUUGUUUUCUAUAAAAAUAACCGUACGCGUGCCAUCUCUUAUGGUAAAAACAUUGAAGCUUCUGCGUUGUCUAGUUUAUGUUUUACAAUAAGCAAAAAAACAAAAAGACAAAAACAAAACAAACAAAAAAACUAAAACAACAAUUAUCAAAAACAAAGAAAACUUUAAGUCAAAUGUCGUCCUCGUAAUGGUCCUCGAAUCAAAAGGACUCUACUAUUGCAUUUUGAUGUCAUGGAGUACGAUUGUGAGUGAACAAUACUGAUUUUCCAGGACAAUGAAACCAUCGCCAUGUUGGUGUCCCUAACCAAUCCUGUGUGAGUUAAACUCUUUUCUUAUGUAAAUCCUUUCUUUCGUUCCAAUAAAGUUGCAUAGAUGCUGGCUACGUGAAUGUGAACACUCUAUACCAGGAGUCGAUUACUAGCGAGAUUUACGCCAUAGGAAUCGGGAUAGGCUGAAACUGCAUACUCAAUAUUUGCGCGUUUUCCAUCCAAUCGUUACCCUGGGCACCAGAGGUUUUUUCUUAGCCUGAUUAUCAGGCCUUCCUAAUGGGCUAUCUUUCCCCUUUUCCCCAGAAACGCCUGAUACUCAGGCUAGUUUUUUCUCGCGUGCGACGAGGAGCUUCGUCUGCGGAAGACUUAACCGUAACCAGAAACCGCGCAUGAAAAGCCUCUGGCACCCAGGGUAUAUCUAAUCGUUAGUUUUUCAACGAAUUGGUCGCAAAUGAAGAAUUCUGUGGUAACGCUACAAGCGAGCUGAAGCAAACACGACAGUGAAGAAUUCGAAGAGAGCGAGAAAAUAAAAUAGCAACAAAUAUUAGAAGCAAAACAAAACCUCUGAAAGUGCAGUACACUUUUUGGCAUUUUCCUUUGCCACCAUCGCACGAUUAACGUAAAGUCAAACUUGACUAAGACAAAACUGAUUAGUGAGCUUUUUGGGGGGCUAAUUAUGUACCGGUAGUGACAAAAAAGAGGUAGAAAUCGCCGAUAAAAUGAAUAAGCAUAUCAGUCUGCUCAAUGGAUAAAAAAAUAGCCAAGAACAUUCCAGUCAAAAAUACCCCUCAAGAACAAUACAUAGAAAAAAGGGCAUCUACACAUUUCACGCUUUAUUUCUGUGACUGAAAAACACAUAUACCGUGUGGCUGCAAGAUUUAAUAACUCCAAAAGUUGUGGACUAGGAAAAUCUCAAGUGUGCUUCUUAAACCGGCCAACCCAUACAUUUUAGAUGUGAAAAGCGAUAGAGUUAACCAAAGGCUAUAUUUCCUGACGACUGGAAAAAUGCCCAUUUUUCUCUAAAGCGAAUUAAUGUUGACAACUACAGACCGAUAUCUCUCGGCGAGAGAAUGGAGCACACGUAAGAAUUCGAAUACGGCCUGCGUGGCAGGCGCGUGGAAUUUAUAGAGAUGGAAGUACAAGGGAGACACUCUCCUGGUGUCGGCUACAAAUAAUAAUAAUAAUAAUGAUGAUAAUGACAAUGAUAAUGAUAAUGGUAAUAAAUUAUAAUAAUGAUAGGGGAUUUUGGUUUUCGGAUAUAUGAUUCCUGACCCUCAACUCCCUUCCAAUUUAUUCGAGUGUAUCCCUCUGGCCAUGACCUUUGAAAUUGCGUGAACAAAUAUGUGCUGCUUCUUGCAUAAACUGACGUAAUUAAGUAAUCCCUAAUGAAAAUAAAACCAGUCGCCACACCAAGGAAUGUUCAAACUUCCUGCUUUCGUUUUGAUAGUUUUCCCUUCGUGAUUCAAGCGAAACCUCUUUAAAGUCGUGCUGCCUGCCUGGUGCCUGACUAAGGCUGCAAUCGGUAAGUUUAUGCAAUUGAAACAAAUCUUUUUUUAGUAAUUUCCAUUUAUAUUACAGUGCUAGAAUUCAUUUAGUACAACGGCCAGACUAAGGCUCCUUGACUUACGUUAGGGUACAAGAAAUGUAGUAUUGGAUGUUUUAAACCUUGCGAAGUGUUCGACUUCCCUUUUGUGACGGUGCUUAGUAGUGUGCAAACAAUCAAGUAAAUAUCUGGCCAUCAGCCACGGUUAAAGAUGUGAAGGGAAACUCUAUUAUAUUGAGCGCAAGGAAGUGGUAAACAUGAAAGAACUGACUGUCGCAUACACGGUACACAAAGGCUUUGAGUCUGAGCCAUAAGCUACGCAAUUGUGUUUUCUAUGAAAUCGAAUGGGGAAUCGGGGGUAAGUGGUCGUGAUGACGCAUGGCGAACGUUGUUGCAUUAAUUAGAAAUGUUAAAGUUAAUUUUUGAAGCUGCAAAAACAUAAAUUAGGUAGGCUUUCAUAUUUCGAAUUGGCGUAUUUAUUUCGGCACGGUCAGCACCGGGUCAGAAAUCAAGUCAAGUGAAUGUGUUUUUAUCCGGCCCCAUGCAAAAGCACUCAACGAUGGAAGCAGUGCUAACUUUAACAACCGGUAUCAAAUAUAUUCAAGUUUCUGCUUUAAGGUUCUCUCGUGUUUGUGAUCCUAUAAUUCAAACGAAAUUAUCGCAAACGCAUUGCCGCUUAUAUGUUUGUCUUAAAGUGAAACUACGGAUGUUACUAAAACGGGGAACGGGGAGCGGGGAGCGGGGAACGGGGAACGGAAGUCUGGGAACGAGUUGUCAGCGGAAACCGCCAUAAAAAUCCAAAAUGGCCGGUAAGGAUCAAGGACCCGGUAAGAUCGAUGAUAGAGAAGCGUCGAAACAACACUUAAGGUCGCUAUUUUACUAAUGAACUAUAUGCUCAUGAGGUGCUUGAAAUAAUACGGAGGUAAUAAUGUCAUGACAUUUUUCACCUUUUUGCGUUUUACUAAACAACAAAAUAUGCUCCAACAGCAGUUGAAAGAAGCUACAGUCGGGACAAAAACUCUCAAAGCACAGCCAUAUUUGGAACUCAAGCGAACCUAUACUGGGUCUAACUCACAAAGCAAUGAACUACUUUUGCUUGACGCUUUUCGUAGGGUUUUGGCUUAAAUACAUGCUGAAAGAUAACGUAGAUCGAAGCAGCCAGGUGUAUUUCCUCGACAGUAAUAGUGUAGCAGUGGAGCUCCUUCUUAGCUGUAGCGUUUUUUCAAGCCCAAAUUAAAACAUGUUGGCGAUGAGAUAAAACUGUAAGUCUAAUAAUAUUAUAUUUACAAACCUAUGAUGAGAAGUAAGUGCAAUUGUAUUAUUUGAAAAGAUAAGAUAUAUGGAUCAGGUUAUUUAAUACAUCAAUAAAAGGCAACUUUAAACAUAUUAACGGGCAAUGUGCCAGGAACAUCAAUCAUACCUUGGUCCUAAAGAUAUCAGUUGUGUCAAAGCAAAUGGCUAUGCUGUGGUUUUAUUUAAUUAUAACCUAGGUUUAAAUUUUGCUUCCCUUUGUUUGGGGGUACGGUAAUAUGAAUUUUAUGAUUAUGAGUUCAAAACAAAGAGAAUAAAAUUCAAAAUUAGGAUAAAAGUGAACCACAACUGAGCUGCAAUAUUAAGUGUUGCAAGUAUACGUGGGGGAAGUACUUUGAAGUCUUUGGUUGGAAGGUACUUUCUAAAGGCUAGCUGUUAAAAUAUGCAUGGUAAGUAUACUUCCUCUGUUUAGCCCUCUGGAUGCUUUUUUUUUUCUAGGGGCACUCCUUUAAUGUUUUUGCAGAGGGGAGCUCUGCUUCUUUUUAAUGAACAUUAUUUUUACUGUGGAGAAAAAUAUUUCAAGCUCAGUGUAAAACUGAAAGUGUCAGUGACUUAAACCAGUUAAUAUUGUCAAGCUGCUUUAUUAGCUUGAUUCAGUAAUAUUGCAGUGCACCUACCAUCAAGCAUCACAUCAUCAAUGUUGUAGAGGCUGGCAGCUUAUUAGAAGGUGGUUGAUAAGCCUUCAAGCAAGCUGUCUGUAGUUUUGGAAAUAAAGAGUCUAAGGUCUCACACAAGUGAUGGGAGGCAAAAGAUUGGAGUGCCGAUAUGUUUUUCAGUAAACACGCGCAACUGUAUGUGUAUAGUUUCCACAUUACGCUUACCCAAUGCAUGUAAAAUAACACAAUAGAUCUUGCUACCCAUUUUCCCUGAUUUUAUUUCCCCUCCAGGGGACAUAAUUUCUUUUAACAUAUCGGGGUUUUCAAAAAAGGGGCAAGAAGCUUUUAAAUGAAUUUUAAUUCAUUUAAUGAAGCACAGUAUCAAAGAAAUUAAAGAGAAGAAUCAGACUAGAGUAACAGUAACCCAGAGGGGAGGGGGGGAGUACUCACCAAAGAGGCUCUGCCCCAGGGACCAACCCUUUACCCUUUGUAUGUACCAUUUUAGACAGAAAAGGUACCCCUUUUGUAUACCCUCUAGUGACAAAUGGUACCCCUUUCACAUACCUAAUUUUGAACGCUGCAUCCCUUUUUAACUGCUGUAAAAUACACCAUCUUUACAAAAACAGGUUUUCUUGUCUCUCACAUCCAUAAAAUGCAUCUGUGACUGAUCUCAUUUUGGUCCCUUUCAUAUACUUCAACCAUAAAAACCCCUUCCCUUUCAUGUACCUGAAGCCUGAAAAAGGCUUCAGGCUCUGUUUAGGCCAUUAUAGUACCCCCUCCUCCUGCACCGAGAACAGUACUUGAUACAGCGAUAUUGUAUGGUAUGAAUUGCACCAAACGUUUCGUGCCCAUGAAGAGGUACUUUGAUUAUUUUACGACAUUUUUCUUCAAAAGGGAGGGGUUUGGGAUCUCAUUCUUAGUGGGGCGGGGGGUUAAUUGAGGAUCUGCAGUGAGUGAGAAUGUUGCAUUCAAUGCCAUCCAAUGGUUUUGAUUCAGGAAAGGGUCGUCAGGGGUAUUUUGCAGAAAGACAAAUGGCCACUGUACGACUUUGAAGCAGUUACUGAUUAGGGUGAGGAAAAUGAGUGAAUUAGGUUCCAUUAGGGUCAUUAUACUGGUCUAUACUGGGCAAACUGACCUGAAACAAAUUGUUUCACAAAAUAAUAAAAUGAUAUUAUUUUAUUUCAUGGAUCAGUGAAACACUUCAAUAUCAUGAAUGCUUGCAGUGUAGUAGAUCUAAUAAUAUUAAAAGCAGAACCAGAUUGUUAAAGUAGUCUUACUAAUUACGUGAUGACGUGGUCAAUAACAUUUUUCAAAGCAGUCAUCUCUAUCAAAGGAAAUAGAAGAAGUUUGCACACAAGCUACUUGACUACUUCGAUGUAUGUUAUCUAUCAUGGAAAAGUAGUUAAUUGCUUUGUGGGCUAGACUCAGUAUAGAUUCGCUUGAGUUCCAAAUAUGGCUGUACAUGUGCUUUAAGAGUUUUUGUUCCGAUUGGCUUCUUUCAACUGCUGUUGGAGCACAUUUUGUUUCCUACGGAUAAUUGUUUAGUAAAACGCAAAAAGGUGCAAAACGUCAUGAAGUUAUUACCUCCGUAUUAUUUCAAGCACCUCAUGAGCAUAUGGUUCAAGUAAAGUAACGCCGUUAUCGGUUAAGUUUGUUUCGACCGUUCUCUAUCAUCGAUCAUCGGGAUCAUCGGCCAUAUUGGAUUUUUAUGGAGGUUUCCGCUGACAACUCGUUCCCAGACUUCCGUUCCCCGUUCCCCGCUCCCCGCUCCCCGCUCCCCGUUCCGCGUUUUAGUAACAUCCGGGAAACUAACUUGUUUUGGCAGGGACUGAACUACAUUGCACUCCAACAGACCUCAGAAAAAAAAAAAACACGAUUUGACAAGCAAACGAGGGCAUCUACACAUUUCACGUUUUAUUUCUGUGACUGAAAAACACAUAUACCGUGCGGCUGCAAGAUUUAAUACUUCCUAAAGUUGUGGACUUUGAAAAUCUCAAGUGUGCUUCUUAAACUGGUCAACCCAUACAUUUUUAGAUGUAAAAAGUGAUAUCAUUAACCAAAGGCAAUAUUUCCUGACGACUGGAAAAAUGUCCAUUUUUCUCCAAAGCGAAUCUUGACAACCACACGACCGAUAUCUCUCGGCGAGAUAAUGGAGCACACGUAAGAAUUCGAAUACGGCCUGCGUGGCAGGCGCGUGGAAUUAAUAGAGAUGAAAGUGCAAUGGAGACACUCUCCUGGUGUCGGCUACAAAUUAUAAUAAUAAUGAUGAUAAUGACAAUGAUAAUGAUAAUGGUAAUAAAUUAUAUUAUUAUUCAUUCAAAAUAUUUCCCCGAUUCUGACUGGCUAAAAGCACACGUUUAAUUCACCAUAACCAGGUACUGAUGACCAAAUUUGGAAGAAUUUUGACUUUAACGAGGAAAUGACGUCAAAAAUGCAACGUUUUCGCAGGUUAAGACACCGUUAACCGAGAAGACCUGGGGACGAGGUUGAGUUGUUUUGGUUGUGAACUUGAAAAAAUGGCGGACAUUUCACUCGUUUCAAGAGUAAGAACUAGUCGAAAAAAUAGCUAAAAACAUGGCAAGAACGGCAAGAAGACAACUCGAAGGGCGACAUCUGCUAUUUGGAGAAUAUUUGCGGAGCUGGACAAACCUAAACGUACACUAUCGAAGAUGAACUGAACAUCGAUGGAUCGAGGGAGGUAAGCAUGUUUUAGCUAUGUUUUUAAACUAGGAAUUAUUUUGAAUGAAUAAUAAAACAGUUAUUGAAUUCGGCUUUCGUAUCAUAUGAAGAAUUAUGGACAUCUCGGAGGGUGUUAUCCGCCUCGGCCGAUCUCCAUAAUUCUUCAUAAGAUACUCAGCCUCAUUCAUUAACUGUUAAAUAAGGAUAGGGGUUUGGGUUUUUCGUACAUAUGAUACCUGACCCUCAACUCCCUUCCAAUUUAUUCGAGUGUACCCCCUAGCCAUGACCUAUGAAACUGCGUGAAAAAAUAUGUGCUGCUCCUUGCAUAAACUGUCGUAAGUAUUCCCUAAUGAAAAUAAAACCAGUCGCCACACCAAGGAAUGUUCAAACAUCCUGCUUUCGUUUUGAUAGUUUUCCCUUCGUGAUUCAAGCGAAACCUCUUUAAUAUCGUGCUACCUGCCUGGUGCCUGACGAAGGCUGCAAUCGGUAAGUAUAUACAGUUAAAACAAGUCUUUUUUCAGUAAUUUCAAUUUAUAUUACAGUGCUACAAUUCAUUUAGUACAACGGCCAGACUAAGGCUCCUUGACUUACGCUAGGGUACAAGAAACGUAGCAUUGGAUGUUUUAUACUUUGAAAGUGUUCGACUUCCCGUUUGUGACGGUGCUUAGUAGUGUGCAAACAAUCAAGUAAAUGUCUGACUAUCAGCCAACGUUAAAGAUGUAAAGGGAAACUCUAUUAUGUGGAACGCAAGGAUGUGGUGAACAUGAAAGAACUGACUGUCGCAUACACGGUACAUAAAGGCUUUGAGUGUGAGCCACAAGCUACGCAGUGCAUUCGUGUUUUUCUGAAAGGGGGAAUUGGGGGAAGCGGUCGUCUAAUAUUGGGACCUUGAUAACGCAUAGCGAAAGUUGUUGCAUUAAAAACGUUAAAGUUGAUUUUUCAAGCUGUAAUGAUAUGAUAGGCUAUCAUAUCCGGAAAUUGGCGUAUUAAUAUUUCGGCACAGUCAGCAUAGUCAGAGUUCAAGUGAAUGUGUUUUUAUCUGGCCCCAUCCAAAAUCAAUCAACAAUGGAAGCAAACAAAAUACAUGAUAUGUUCAAGUUGCCUAAGGUUCUCUCGGGUUUGCAAUCCUAUAAUCCAAACGAAAUUAGCGCAGACGGAUUGCUGUUCAUAUGUGUACCUUAAGGUUAAAUGAAACGUGUUUUGGCAGGGACUGAGCUACAUUGUACUCAGUUCCGAGAAAAAAAAAAACACGAUUUGACAAGCGUCAAAAGCAAAUCAAGCAAAGUCAUUUCAAAUUACUUUAGAGAUCCCCCCCCCAAAAAUGAUACGAUCGUUUCUUAUGGGUUAAAACUAUAGGUCUGAUUAUUAAUUGUUCUUUUAAAUCGAUGUAUAUUCAUACACUCUUCUGAACUCAGAACGCACUGGAAUAUCUAUCGUUAUAAUAAUAUCCCUGAUAUCCAUACACUCCAUGCGUGUUCAAUUGUAUAGAAUUAUAAUUAAUAGACAGGUCUGACGUCUGAAUUACAUGAAUAACAUUGAAUACGUUUACAACAUACACCGAUCAGAAGCCACGUACCUGAAGAAUGUUAAAACAUCCUGUGUAAAAAGUCUUUUAAAAAUACAUUGUGCAUCUUGGGGGGAAGGGGGGGGGGGGGAAAUCCCUAUGAUGGCCCAUACGGGAGGCUCCGCCCGAAAGGGGUAUCUUCAGUUCAGGCUUCAGGUAUAUGAAAGGGUAGGCAUUUCACUGGUUGUUUCAUUGUUUUAGUAAAAUCCAACUAGUUGGUGAAAAAUAUCGAGACAAAACAACUUUAGCUAGGAAAACGCGAUUCAGCCGCCAUUGUUUUUGGUUUUCGAAUCAAGCGCUUUUCUCUACAAGUGGGCUAUAACAUAUAGCCUAGUAGUAGCUCAACCAAUCAGAACGCAGCAUUGAUAAUAGACUAAUCGUUGGAUUCUAUUAAAAAAAGAUAGGAAAACCUGUCAUUUGGGUCUGUGAAACGGCCCAAAAGGGCUAACAGAUAAAUUUUAUGUCUUUAAAAAAUCGAGAAAACGUUCUAUUUCUUUUUAAUUUAUAAAAGACAAUGCAUUUACAGCAGCUGAAAAGGAUGCAAAGUUCUCAAGGGGUUUAAGGCCUGGGUCAAUGGUGUUUUCGGAGCGUAUGAAUGAUUGGCGGUAUCUCUCGCUAGGAGAUCUAGAACAAAAUGAAUUUUUUUCCCAAAAGUAAAUUUUGAGGUCUUCUUAUGCCUUAACGUUAAAUUAUGGUCACGUGACAUGCCACGUGACCAGAAAUUAAAAAUGAAGGAAAUUGGCGAAUUGGUGGCAAAUUUACUUUACUUUUGUUUAGAUCCCAUCGGCCGCAGCCCCUUUCUCCCCUUACGAAAUUUACACAAGGUAGCACUGUUUUCUGUUUUUAUAUCACACUUAGAUGAUAUUUCAAGCUGGAAAUGUUCAUGAAAGUGUAAGUCUCUUCAGUUUGAAAGAAAAAAACUGCUACGAAGAAGGGAAGACUUGAUCCCACGCCCUAGAAAACCUAGUAUACCACGCUAAUCACUAGACCACUGCGGAUUUCAUGGAUGGAGAGGAAAUAAUUUAAGUACAUAGAGCAUCAACCCGAACUCAAAAAAAGAACCUAACCAGUUUCGAAAGAGCGCUUAACCCUAAUCAGUAAAAGCAGUGCUUAACCCAAAUACAUAACGAGGAAAAUUACGUUAUGUGAAUUUCAUGAGGUGUCCGAAGGGACUACGGUGGAUGAGAUCUAAUGAUAUAUCGAGCUGGUGUAGUCAAACCCCUUUAAUAACGACACUGAGGGGGCGUGUGAAGACCACGUGCGUAGCACCAAAAUAUCGAUCAUGCCAGCGCUUCGCACCUUGCAAAAUCGAUUAGAGAAAAGUACGCCUGUUUUGCAGUCUAAGAGGUCUAUUGGCAAAAUACAGUGAUUUGUAUGAAAUUUUAUCCCAAGUUCGUUUCAUUGGAAUAGAACAAUGGAAUGCAGAAAGCUUUAUGAACUGUUCAGAGUCGCCUGCUUACCGAGUAUAAAAUGAAAUAAAAUACACUUAGGGAGUGGGGGACGGUUAAACCCGACGCCUACCACCUCGGUACAUUUUAACUGACCAAGAUGGCCGCCUGUAACGGUAGGUGCUCGGCCUCAACAAUCUUACGGGAGAAUACGGUACUGUGAACAGUCUAAAAGGUCUAUUGGUAGCAGAUCCUCUUUAGUCGUGAUCUGUACCGGGAUAAGAUCAGGAACCUGUGUAGUCAAACCCUGCUUUAUGGACACCCACUUAAUACGGAAACCUCGUUAUUACGGACAGUUUAGCUGGUGCACGAUAUACCAAGUGAAUAGCAAGUCUCGAGUUACGUCACAAAAAACACAAUAAUGAUCCCUAGCCCUUACACAGUAACACUAUAAACUUCACACAAUAGAACGAGACAAUAGUGCAUAUAUUGACUUGGUAUAUCGAGCAUCACCCGACAGUUUGCUUUGUCCCUGGGGAAAGAAAGCCCCUACAUUUUCUCUAAAUUCAACCCGCUUAAUACGAACACCUUCGCUCAUGGGGCGUGUGUCUCUCUCCUGUCUCACUCUCCAUUUUCAUCCUCACUCCGGACCUUUCCUUUGACUGUUCGCGAGCGCGUUCGCGUGCAUCCACGUGUAUAUGUGUGCAUAAUUUAUGAAAAGACAAAAGGUAAACUCCAGCAUCGCCUGAUCUGAAAGCAAAACAUCCAAGCUAAAAAGGUCUAUUCACGGCACAAGUUGGUGAUUUCCUUCAAAGGAAUUGGGGAGAUAUCUAUCUUGAAGUCGUGCCACAGGCCUACCAUUCGAAAUGUUCGAGGUAUCGUGAUGUCACGCGCGCUACUUGAUCUCAUACCGGGCAUGCGGGUAUCUUAUCUACACACCUAGCCUCAUGCUCAGUAGAUUUCUGUUAGUCUUAAAGAUGUCAGUACUCGAUAUAAUUAGAAAAACUGCCUCAUUCCAAGGCUUCUCAAGUGUGUUUGGAGAACGGAAAAAGCGAGUGCGGGCGAUAGUAUCGCGCGGUGGACCAUAAAUGAAUAAAUGAAAGAAUGAAGAGUCGUGGAUGAGAGGACAACAGUCAUGCCCUCCUACAUUAUAUUUUAACAUGUGAAUGCUAAGUUCGGACGUAAGCAUACAAAGGCGCCACUGGCAGCCGUUCUCAGUCCAUUUAUGAUCUUAUUGUACCCACCCAACCCAUGAUGUGAAUGAUGUGAUGUGUGUAGGGUUUACGUCCCCUACUCAUUUCUUUUAUGUCCCACAAGAACCAGAUAAAUGUAAGUGCUGUGAGACGGGACCUACAGUUUUUCGUCCUUAUCCGAGAAGACUAGAAAGUCUUUAACUGUUUGCAGAUGUCAUUACAAAGGCAGCACUUUCUUCCCAGUUAUUUAAAGACCCUGAGUGUUGGUCCGGCCGGGGUUCGAACCCGCGACCUCCCGCUCAACAGACCGGCGCUCUCCCAACUGAGCCAACCAGGUGGCGUUUAAUUUAAGAACUGUUUUAAAUAGCAAGACCGGUUUGGGAAAGCUAAAAUGAUUUCCUUCGUCAGUUGCUUUAACAGUUAGUUGCUCAUGGAGUUGCGCGCAAAAGAAAUUAGGAAGGGCAUGGGAACGUUAAGCGUUUACGCAAAGGACGCUGGGAAAGGUAAGCGAGAAAAUGAGAUAAAUCAGUGUCUUGGUGACCUGCCUACUCGUAAGAUACUAAAUAACAGCGAGACAAACCGUUGUGAAUCAAAACCGCGGUAACUUGUCCAUAAAAUAAAUAAACCCUUUUUUGACCAAUCUUGUUCGGUCAAGAUAGCUGGAUACUGGUGUCGUUCUUUUUUCAUUUGCCUCGACUUCGUCUCUGUAAACAAAAUGCUAGACUUGCUACAAGUCGACCACUCAUAAGUUCUUAAAAGUGAGCAAAGCGAGCUUCAAUGCAUGAGGUCGCGCAGCAAACGACGAAGUCUCAUGGCAUAACCAACCAGGAAAAAUUGAAUAAAGGACUUCUAGAAAGUCUAGCAAAAUGCAAAAAAGUAAUUUGGCCAUAUAUCCAGUCAUACUGACCUCACGCUUGGUCAGUAAUGCAUAGUUGAAAUUAACAAUGAUAUGAUGAAAGUAAAAAUUGUCGUCACGCCUUAAAACAUUCCGCUUUGGUUUCGACAGCCUGAUUCCCUUUGUCAUUCCAGCGGAAGCUCAAAGAUACUUUAUAAAGACUAGUAUCUUCGAAAUUUGCUGCCUGAGUCAGGAGUUCCAAACGGUAAGAAAAUGCAAUAAGCAGCCGUGUUUGUACACGCGGUCAAAAAAACCUUUCAUUUGUAUAAGUUACAUGGUGGGAUUGAUUGAUGCGGGAAGCUACAAUAGCUUGUCCCUUAUUCAAAUUAUGAAACUGUUCAAAAGAACGUCGAACGGAGACUUUCGCAGCAUGGUAAGAAAUGAUAGCCUUUUUGUGACCAUUUUUGACUGUUCCGGUCCAUUAUACAAGCUGCCCAGGUAAGCUCUGCAUGGUUUUUGAAACAGGCUAUAAGCAAAAUGAAGUGAAAUCAAGUUUCGACCUGCGGCAAUAACGUAGAGCCAGUACAAAAGAACUAUUGCGCAAUUAGAAGUAACUUUUUGACAUUAACUCUCUUUAGACCUUUGUAAAACUUUUCAAAAAGAAAUCAAAAGCGUUAACCUUUAUGUUCUGAACGUUCGUUUACCAUCGAAGCUCUAUAAUCUUCAUCGAGAGUCUCUACAGAUGAAGCAUGACGGACUGUUUUGCAUAGUAGUUUAAUUAAAAUAUUUCUAGUGUAAAGUAAAUCCUAUUGAAUUGGAAAUGGCAACUGAAUAGAAAGUAGCCUGCAGAACAGGCGUCAUUUUUUCACGAUUUUUAGGCGAGUGAAGAUAUGCUUAGUAGAUUUCUGUUUGCCUUAAAAAUGUUAGUACUGGGUGUAAUUAGAUAAACUGCCUCGUGCCUAGGCGUCUCAAGUGUGUUUGGAGAACGGAAAACGCGACUGCGGGCGAUAGUAUCGCGCGGUGGACCAUGAAUGAAUGAAUGAGUGAAAGAAUGAAAAGACGUGUAUGACAGGACAACAGACGUACCCUCAUACAAUAUAUUUUAACAUGUGAACAGUAAGUUCGGACGCAAGCAUACAAAGGCGCCGCUGGCAGCCGCUCUCAGUCCAUAUAUACAUGAGCUUACUGUACUCUUAUUGUACUGUGCCCUUUUUGUGGAUGCAAUGUAAUAGAAGACGAAGUUCACUUUCUUUUUGCAAUGUCCUACAUACUCUAUUAUUAGGAAUAAAUUUUACCAUAAAGUCAAGACUCCGAUUCCAAAUUUUACCCAGUUACCUCUAAACGGUUUGAUCAAUGAACUGAUGAACUCUUCUAAUUACUCUAUCAAUAUACAAUUCAUAAAUAUAUUUCAGCUUGUUUUGAUGUUCGUGACAAAUUAUUAUCAAAGUAACGUAAUUGCCCUGAGUUGUAAUUUUGAUUCCUAAACAUAGCUUUUGCAGUACUGUAUGUGCUUCUAUGGUCAUGCAAAUAAAGCUCGUUGUUGUUGUUGUUGUACCCACCCAACCCAUGAUGUCAAUGAUGUGAUAUGUGUAGGUUGACCACAUCACCGGGGUCUCCGUCCCCUACUCUUUGCGAACAGCGGUUUGGGUUCUCUUACGUACCACAAGAACCAGAUAAGUGUAAUUGCUGUGAGACGGGACCUACACUUUUUCGUCCUUAUCCGAGAAGACUAGAAAGUGUAACCGUCUGCAGAUGUCAUUACAAAGGGAGCACUUUCUUCUCAGUUAUUUAAAGAUCCUGAGUGUUGGUCCGGCCGGGGUACGAACCCGUAACCUCCCGCUCAGCAGACCGGGGCUCUCCCAGCUGAACCAACCAGUCAGCGGGACAGGGAAAAGGAACAGGUUCACGGUUCAGCCGAUGCUUAUUAAUUACAUUAGUUUUUUUUCCACUUUAUUAUUAAUUCUAUUGGUUAAUAAUCCCACUUAAUCUUCGGGUAUGUUGUCACUAAUUGCAAAGAUAUUUUUCCCAAAAGGUUAAAGCAUCAUACGUGCAUCAAGUAUGGCAUCUUCACAAGAAUACAGCGAUGAACAGUUAAACUAUUACAGAAUUUGUUCUCUAACUACUGAUAUACUAGCGGAGGGUCUGAGAGAAAUAUUUAAACAAGCAUGGGACAAACUGUACAAAUCAGCAAAAGGAGAAUGGAAAGACGAGCCUCGUAAUGGAAUAGACUUCUAUAACGGAGAGUCUCCUCGAAAUCAAAAAAGAAACGCCCAUAUUUUGGCCACUAUGAAAAACGGAAACAGAGGGGAAUGGGAUUGUACAAUGCUGUUUUAUGCCAUCCUUUUCUCUGAUUGCGUCGGGCCAGGUAUUAGCGCAAUAGUUCGAAAAAAUGUAGAUGAUCUACGAAAGUUCAGGAAUGAAGAAUUUGCUCACAUGCCAAAAGGUAGUCUCUCUGAGAUAGAUUUUCAGAAUGCUAUUAGCAAAAUUGAUGUUGCGUUUCAAGCGCUGAGUCUUCCCACUGUAAAAAUUCAAGACCUAAAAUAUCAGAAAACAUUUCCAACAAAAGAUUUAACAAAGGUCCUCAAAGAAGUUGAUAAUCUCAAACAAGAAGUUCAAGAAAAAGAGAGCCAGCGCCAGGUCCUUGAAAAUCAGCUCCAAAAUGAAGCACCUUUGUUCUGUGUUCUCCCUCCUAAACCUUCGCAUGAAAUCGGUGAACGUGAAAGUGAAGUAGCCAAAAUAGUCCAACAGCUGAGGGAACUAAAUGAGUCCAGUGACAAUAGGUUGAGUUAUCUAUACAUCUCAGGUAAUCCUGGAAGUGGUAAAUCACAGCUAGCUGGCCUCGUAGCUGAAAGAUUCUUUGACGACCUCAAAAAAAUGCCAGGUAGGUCUUCAUUUGUAAUGACCUUAAAUGCUGCAAGUCCAGAUUCACUUCUGGAGUCGUAUGCCUCAUUUGCUCGCCAUUUAAUGUGCCCAGACUAUUCAAUUGUGGAAACCCUCAGCUCAAAGGACUCGACCGUGGACGAAAAGAUCGCUAGUCUUAAGAUGCUUGCCGCUGUAAAAAUUACCUGUUACACGUCUUGGCUACUGGUGGUUGACAAUGUCACUACCAUAUCUUCUGUACAUGUCCAUUUACCACAGUUUAAUUCAAAGGCUUGGGAACGAGGCCAGUUGCUCAUUACGACGCAGGACACAACGUCAAUUCCCUCAAAAAGCUCUUUCGUCAAUCACAUUUCAGUAAGCAAAGGUUUGGAGCCCAAUAAUGCCCGAUCAUUAUUGUCCAAGCUUUCUGGUAUCCCAGAUAGCGAGCUAGUAGGAACAGUAGCACAAAGACUGGACUAUCAACCUCUUGCUUUAGCAGGCGCUGCCGUCUUUGUUAAAGAGAUUCGGCAGGACAAAGUAUCGACGCAUUUUGGGUGGGAGGAAUACCUGAAGAUCUUAGAAAAAGGCAAAAGACAGAAAACAGAAACUACACUUGUCGACACAAAUCCAAUUUAUCCAAAUUCAAUGACCAAAGCAAUAACGUUAGCCGUCGAAACACUAAUGAGAUCCGACAAAGUUCAAAAACACCUUUUCACUUUUCUUGGCCUCUGCACUCCACGACCAUUGAACGUCGACAUAGUAGUUAGUUACAUCAUGAACGCACUCGAAGAGUCUGAUGAAGCAGACAAAGAAUUAAUUCGUAUGAGAUUAAAAAGAAGCUCACUUCUGCUGUUCCAAGAUGACGAGGGCGGCUGUUUUAUUCGAGUGCACCAGGUUGUGCAUGAUGCUAUAAAAACUGUAGCAAAAGAGUUUGCAGAAAGCCAAAACGAUAAGGUCGUUAGUGGGGUCAUUACAUCAUUUAACGAAUUUAUCGUCGCAACUCCACCAGAGAAUGAGCGACUGAACACCAGACACAUCGCUCCACAUUUAAAAGCUUUAACUACAGUAACUGACAAGGUGUUUUUGCAAGAUAAUUUCGUUCAAGUUCAUGAUAAGGAGAUUUCCGAAAAAUGCAAAAAUCUUGGAAAUAUUUGUCAAACGCACUGUGAAUUCGAAGAAGCAAAAACGUAUUUUCAAUAUUCACUCACUUUUAAGCUUCAAGAGCUCGGCCCGGAACAUGUUAAUGUUGCCACAAAUUAUAAUGACUUAGCUUUAAUUUACAAGGAUUUAGGUGACUUUGAGCAAGCCAAGGAGUAUCAGCAACGUGCUCUUGACAUUGAACUGGACAAGCUUGGGCCGGAACAUAUUAAUGUCGCAAGAAGCUAUAAUAACUUAGCUUUGAUUUACAAGGAUUUAGGUGACUUCGAGCAGGCCAAGGAGUAUCAGCAACGUGCUCUGGACAUUGAACUGGACAGGCUCGGCCCGCAACAUGUUAGUGUUGCAACAAACUACAGUAACUUAGCUUUGAUUUACAAGGAUUUAGGUGACUUUGAGCAAGCCAAGGAGUAUCAGCAACGUGCUCUGGACAUUGAACAGGACAAGCUCGGGCCGGAACAUAUUAAUGUUGCAAGAAGGUUUAAUAACUUAGCUUUGAUUUACAAGGAUUUAGGUGACUUUGAGCAAGCCAAGGAGUAUCAGCAACGUGCUCUGGACAUUGACCUGGACAAGCUCGGCCCGGAACAUGUUAAUGUUGCAACAAACUACAGUAACUUAGCUUUGAUUUACAAGGAUUUAGGUGACUUUGAGCAAGCCAGGGAGUAUCAGCAACGUGCUCUGGACAUCCAACUGGACAAGCUCGGCCCGGAACAUGUUAAUGUUGCAACAAACUACAGUAACUUAGCUUUGAUUUACAAGGAUUUAGGUGACUUUGAGCAAGCCAAGGAGUAUCAGCAACGUGCUCUGGACAUCCAACUGGACAAGCUCGGCCCGGAACAUGUUAAUGUUGCAACAAACUACAGUAACUUAGCUUUGAUUUACAAGGAUUUAGGUGACUUUGAGCAAGCCAAGGAGUAUCAGCAACGUGCUCUGGACAUCCAACUGGACAAGCUCGGCCCGGAACAUGUUAAUGUUGCAACAAACUACAGUAACUUAGCUUUGAUUUACAAGGAUUUAGGUGACUUUGAGCAAGCCAAGGAGUAUCUGCAACGUGCUCUUGACAUUGAACUGGACAAGCUGGGCCCAGAACAUGUUAAUGUUGCAACAAACUACAGUAACUUAGCUUUGAUUUGCAAGGAUUUAGGUGACUUUGAGCAAGCCAAGGAGUAUCAGCAACGUGCUCUGGACAUUGAACUGGACAAGCUCGGCCCGGAACAUGUUAAUGUUGCAACAAACUACAGUAACUUAGCUUUGAUUUACAAGGAUGUAGGUGACUUUGAGCAAGCCAAGGAGUAUCAGCAACGUGCUCUGGACAUUAAACUGGACAAGCUCGGCCCGGAACAUGUUAAUGUUGCAACAAACUACAGUAACUUAGCUUUGAUUUACAAGGAUUUAGGUGACUUUGAGCAAGCCAAGGAGUAUCAGCAACGUGCUCUGGACAUCCAACUGGACAAGCUCGGCCCGGAACAUGUUAAUGUUGCAACAAACUACAGUAACUUAGCUUUGAUUUACAAGGAUGUAGGUGGCUUUGAGCAAGCCAAGGAGUAUCAGCAACGUGCUCUGGACAUCCAACUGGACAAGCUCGGCCCGGAACAUGUUAAUGUUGCAACAAACUACAGUAACUUAGCUUUGAUUUACAAGGAUUUAGGUGACUUUGAGCAAGCCAAGGAGUAUCAGCAACGUGCUCUGGACAUCCAACUGGACAAGCUCGGCCCGGAACAUGUUAAUGUUGCAACAAACUACAGUAACUUAGCUUUGAUUUACAAGGAUGUAGGUGACUUUGAGCAAGCCAAGGAGUAUCAGCAACGUGCUCUGGACAUUGAACUGGACAAGCUCGGCCCGGAACAUGUUAAUGUUGCAACAAACUACAGUAACUUAGCUUUGAUUUACAAGGAUUUAGGUGACUUUGAGCAAGCCAAGGAGUAUCUGCAACGUGCUCUUGACAUUAAACUGGACAAGCUCGGCCCGGAACAUGUUAAUGUUGCAACAAACUACAGUAACUUAGCUUUGAUUUACAAGGAUGUAGGUGACUUU